AUGGCGACAGCAGCGGCUCGUCCGCUCGUGACAGUUCAGCCGUACGACGAGGCCGGCGCGCCGCAGCAGGCGGCGCUUCCCGCGGUGUUCCUCGCGCCGAUCCGCAGCGAUGUCGUUAAGUUCGUGCACGCGAUGGUUUCGAUGAACAAGCGCCAGCCGUACGCCGUCAGCACCAAGGCCGGUCACCAGACGUCCGCCGAGUCCUGGGGUACCGGUCGCGCCGUGUCGCGUAUUCCCCGCGUUCCCGGCGGCGGUACCCACCGCGCGGGACAAGGAGCCUUCGGUAACAUGUGCCGCGGCGGUCACCUGUUCGCGCCGCUCCGCAUCUGGCGCCGCUGGCACCGCAAGGUCCCCAUCAAGAUGCGCCGCCAUGCGGUCGCCUCCGCCAUUGCCGCCUCCGCCGUGCCCGCGCUCGUGCAGGCGCACGGCCACGCCGUCAGCAAGGUACGCGGUGACGUAGAUGGCGUAUCACCCAAUACGGCCCAUUUUGCCGACCCGUUUGCUUCCCCAUGCUUCUUCGCUCUUCCCCUUCCCCUCCCUUUCAUCUCGCCCUGUCCCUCUUUCCACCAUACUCCCCGCUUUUCCACCGUCGCUUCUCUCCCUCCCCCCCCGCACACUCCACCCCCUCGUCAUUCCCUGUCCCUGUAUCCCCGUCGCCCGCCUUUUCAUACCUGUCCCUCCAUCCUCCCUCCCCCUCUGUCCCCUUCCCCCCCCUAUCCCCCUGCGCCGGAGCUGCCGCUGGUGGUGGGCAACGAGAUCGAGUCGGUCGACAAGACUUCCUCCGCGCUGAAGGCGCUGAAGCGCAUCGGCGCGUACGAUGACGUGGCGAAGGUGAUCGCGACGAAGAAGAUCCGGCCUGGCAAGGGCAAGAUGCGCAACCGGCGGUACCUGAGCAAGAAGGGCCCGCUCAUCGUGUACGGCACCGACGGCGCCAAGCUCACCAAGGCCUUCCGCAACAUCCCCGGCGUGCAGGUGCGCGGAAGAGCUGAUGUGCGGGUGAGAGGGUCAGUAGUCGAGAAGCUGAGCGUGCUCGACCUGGCGCCCGGCGGCCGCGUGGGGCGCUUCGUGAUCUGGACGCAGAGCGCGUUCGACAAGCUGGAGGGGCUCUUCGGGUCGUUCUCGCAGGCGCCCACCAUGAAGCGCGACUUCCUGCUGCCGCGCGCCGCCAUUGUCAACUCCGACAUCACGCGCAUCAUCAACAGCGACGAAGUGCAGAUUAUUUGCACAGACCCCUCCCUCCGCCUCCCCCCGCUCAUGCUUCCCUCUCCCCGCGCCUCACUCGCCCCGCGCCCCACUCCGCCCGCGUCCCACCCUCCCCGGGCGUCACUCUGCUCCU